GCCUCGCCCUGUGCGCCUUCUGGGCCGCGGCGCGCGCACUCGUGGCCCGCAAGUUGGGACGCCCCCCACCCUGCCCGGCCGGGCCGCCCGCCGCAGCCCCCGGGGGUCGGUGAGGACACCUGGAGUCCGGCGCCGUCGGGCCCGGCACAGCCAUUGGUGCGCGGGCGGCUGCGGACGCGGCCCCGGGAUGGGCCUGGAGCCCGCGGGGCGCCCCGAGGCCACCGCCAGCGUACCCAGGUGCUGGCUGCCGCGUGCCGUGUGCCCCGCGUGGAAUAUGUCCCUUCCCAUUGCGGGUUCCCGCCUCAUCCCGGGAAUCCAGACGCCGCUCUGAGGAUGGAGAGAUAAGACGCCGGAACCCCGUGCCGCACCCACGCCCUCGUCCCCAUGGAUCGAAAUAGAGAGGCCGAGCCGGAGCCAAGGGGCGGCCCCAGCCCCCCCAGGGCCAGCCGGAGCCGCGAGGGGGACGGGGACAAGGCCGCGUGCCACAGCUGCUGCCUCUGUGGCAAGAGCUUCGCCUUCCAGAGCUCGCUGUCGCAGCACAUGCGCAAGCACACCGGGGAGAAGCCCUACAAGUGCCCCUACUGUGACCACAGGGCCUCGCAGAAGGGCAGCCUGAAGGUCCACAUCCGCGGCCACCGCACGGGGACGCUGAUCCAGGGCCACGAGCCCGAGGCCGGGGAGGCCCCGCCGGGUGAGCCGCGUGCGGCCGAGGGCCUGGACGGGUGCGCCAGCCCCACCAAGAGCACGUCGGCCUGCAACGGGGUGCUGAACGGGGCCGCGCCCGGGGACGGCGGCCGGAUCCUGCUGCGCAGCAGCCGCAGGGAGGCCGAGGGCGCCGCGGGCGCCCCGGAGGAGGCCCAGCCCGCCGCCCAGUGCUCCUUCUGCAGGACCCAGUUCGAGCGGAAGAAGGACCUGGAGCUGCACGUGCACCAGGCCCACAAGCCCUUCAAGUGCCGGCUGUGCAGCUUCGUGACGCUGCGGGAGGAGUCGCUGCUCAGCCACGUCGAGCGGGACCACAUCACCGUGCAGGUGCCCAACGGCGUGGGGGUCUCCAUGGAGAACGGCAAGCCCGAGCUGGGCCCGGGGGAGUUCCCCUGCGAGGUGUGCGGCCAGGCCUUCAGCCAGACCUGGUUCCUCAAGGCGCACAUGAAGAAGCACCGCGGCUCCUUCGACCACGGCUGCCACAUCUGCGGCCGGAGGUUCAAGGAGCCGUGGUUCCUCAAGAACCACAUGAAGGCACACGGGCCCAAACCUGGGAGCAAGAACCGGCCCCGCGGCGAGCUGGACCCCGUCGCCACCAUCAACAACGUGGUGCAGGAGGAGGUCGUUGUCGCCGGCCUGUCCCUCUACGAGGUGUGCGCCAAGUGCGGAAACCUGUUUACAAACCUGGACAGCUUGAAUGCCCACAACGCCAUCCACCGCCGGGUCGAAGCCAGCCGGACGCGGGCCCCGGCCGAGGACGGGGCCUCCGAGGGCCCCACGGACACCAAGCAGUUUUUCCUACAGUGCCUGAGUCUGAGGCCCUCGGCGGCCAGCGACAAGCUCCCCGGCGGGCCGGCUGGACGGCGGGUGGCCGAGUUGGACCCCGUCAACAGUUACCAGGCCUGGCAGCUGGCCACCAGGGGCAAGGUGGCCGAGCCCGCCGAGUACCUCAAGUAUGGGGCCUGGGACGAGGCGCUGGCUGGGGACGUGGCCUUCGACAAGGACAGGCGCGAGUACAUCCUGGUGAGCCAGGAGAAGCGCAAGCGUGAGCAGGACGCGCCGGCUGCCCAGGGUCCCCCCAGGAAGAGGGCCAGCCUGCCCAGUGACCCCAUGUUGCCGGGCCACCUUGACCCGCGGCCCGCCGUACGCCCCAGCCGCCGGGCCGCGGCCGCCGCUGGCCAGGGCAAGUCCUCUGAGUGCUUCGAGUGCGGCAAGAUCUUCCGCACCUACCACCAGAUGGUGCUGCACUCCCGUGUGCACCGCCGCGCUCGCCGAGACAGGGACGGCGACCGGGCCGUGCGCGCCCGCUGCGGCUCCCUCAGCGAGGGGGACUCGGCUUCCCAGCCCAGCAGCCCGGCCUCAGCCUGUGCCACCGCCGACUCCCCAGGCUCUGGGUUGGCGGACGAGGCCGGCGAUGACAGCAGCGAGGAGGCCGCCCCCGAACCGGCACCAGGUGAGCGCGCGUACUUGGGUGGCCGCGGUCCAGGUCACCCGGGGAUUCCACCUGAGCAACCUUGUUCCCAGGCCCCCGUGGCUGGCCCUGUGCCCAGGUGGCCCCACGUCCGGGUGUCCUGAAGCUGGGGUGUGUCUGGAGCCCGGGCUGGCGGGUGCAGACACAGGCACCUGUCAGAGCCACUGGCCAUUCCUUUUUGCUAGUUACCCGUAUGUAUUUGCAUCAGUGAACACCUUUGACCUCAAGCUGAUGGUGUCUCCACGGGCAUUAGGAACUUGUAAGCAAGGGCACCGCAGUGGGCCGCUCAGGUGUGCUCAGCAGGGGACACACGCACAGAGAAGGAUGCACGUGCACCACACACGGGCAUGCACGUGACACACAUGCAUGCACACACCAUGCACAAGCACGUUAUGCAUUCACGUACACACGACGGCUGCACACGCCACAGACAUAGGUGUGCAGAUAGGCCAGACACCUGGUCAUGCACACACAUGGGCAUGCAUGAUGGACACACUCGUGCAUGUACAGCGCGCACGAGCAGACACAC